AGGGCAGUCGAGUUUUCACAAGACGAAAGCCUUUCUAUCUUUAACACACCUAGCACCUAGGACCUAGCCACGAUCACGAUCACGAUACGAUGGGUAUUUCUCGCGAUCAUUGGCAUAAAAGACGGGCUACCGGAGGCAAAAGAAAACCGCUUCGUAAAAAGAGGAAGUUUGAGUUAGGACGUCCGGCUGCAAAUACGAAACUUGGGGCUCAACGUAUUCAUACGGUACGUACAAGAGGUGGUAACAAAAAGUAUCGAGCGCUUCGGUUGGAUACAGGAAACUUUUCAUGGGGAUCGGAAUGUAGUACUAGGAAGACACGUAUUAUAGAUGUGGUUUAUAACGCAUCGAAUAAUGAAUUAGUAAGAACUAAAACUCUGGUAAAAAAUGCAAUUGUUACCAUUGAUGCAACACCUUUUAGACAAUGGUAUGAGAGCCAUUACGUUUUACCGCUAGGCCGUAAGCGAGGUGCUAAGCUGACCGAAGCCGAGGAAGAAGUUUUAAAUAAAAAACGCUCGAAAAAAGUAGAAGCUAAAUACAAAGCGAGACAACGAUUUGCCAAAGUCGAAUCUGCUUUGGAAGAACAGUUUGCCACCGGUCGUGUACUCGCUUGUAUAGCAAGUAGACCUGGACAAUGCGGUCGAGCGGAUGGUUAUAUACUCGAAGGAAAAGAACUAGAAUUUUAUAUGAGAAAAAUUAAAAGUAAAAAAGCUAAAUAAACAUGUAAUCAAAGUUGG